AUGAACGAAGCCGAAUGUUUAGCAGAAUUUAGAGUACAAAAGCGCGACCUUGUAUUUCUUCAGAAAACUCUACAAAUUCCCGAUAUGUAUGCAGAAGCCAUUCACGAGAAAGGGGCCCCGCUAGAAAAUUGUUUUGGCUUCAUAGACGGAACUGUGAGACCAAUUUGUCGACCUGACAAACAUCAGCGAGAAGUUUACAACGGUCACAAAAGAGUUCAUUCCUUGAAGUUUCAGUGCGUUGCAUUACCAAACGGAAUUAUUGGUCAUAUAUUUGGUCCUGUUGAAGGCAAGAAACACGACGCAGGGAUGCUCGCCCAAUCAAAUUUCUUACAACAACUAGAAGAGAACGCUUUUUCUCCAGAUGGAACUCCGAUGUGUGUUUAUGGAGACCCCGCUUACCCUCUUAGAGUUCAUCUGCAAGCUCCGUUUCGUAAUGGUGAUAUCACAGAAAGAAUGAAGGAAUUCAAUACAAAAAUGAGCGCUGUUAGAGUUUCUGUUGAAUGGUUGUUCGGAGACGUGAUAAAUACAUUUCGCUUCAUGGAUUUUAAGAAAAAUCUAAAAAUAGGCAUGAGCAGUGUGGGAAAAUCUUACAUUGUUUGUGCGUUAUUGAGAAAUGCACUCACAUGUUUGUAUAGAAAUAACACAUCUGAGUUUUUUAAUAUUGAUCCCCCAAGUUUAGAAAGAUAUUUUGCGUGAGGACAAAACAUAUCAUCA